AUCUGACCCAGGCCAUCAGGCUUGGCAGGCAAACGCCUUUAACUUCUGAGCCGUCUCUUCAACCCAAUGCUUAAACUUUUGCGAUACUGGGGGCUUAAGUCCUUGUUCGUGCUAGGUAAACGCUCCAUCACUGAGCCAUACUUCCCCUGACAUUCAAGGACAAUUGUGUAGUCAGGACCCAUCAACCUAACUCAAGGCUCUAGCUACCUCCACCCAGGGCUCCCCAAAAGGAACCCAUCAACCCCCCUUUUUUUUCUGGAGAGGUAGCUAUCUCCCAGGACUCCCUAAACUGCCUUCCACACCCACGCUGGGCCAGCUGCCAGCACCCAGCCACUCACCCGGCCCCCUCCCACUACACUAGAGUCAAUGUCUGCCUCUAGCUGCGCUAAAUCCUUCCCUGUAGAAUCCCUCCUCCCCAAACCUCUAAAUCCUUCCCUGUAGACCCUCCUCCCCAAACCUCUUCAGACCCCAGCGCAUCCUCCUCUUCCUGCCUUGUCCUCGCUAUGGGAAGGGCAUCGUGGAACCGCUUCCGGAGUUUGGUAUGAUUCCAGGGAGCCUAGGUCAGCGGGACCCCCGUGAAUGACUCUGCCAUAGAGGGACCCUGUCUGUAACCUGGGGGUGCUGUCCCCUCCCUGGCGAGGCCUUUGAAGCCGGUUCCUUCGAGUGCACCCCAUCUGCUUAAGGUGUGCACUCUGAAGGAGGAGCCUAAGGUCCACUCUUUGGGGAUGUUAGCGCCGACUGGCUCCAGAUAGCUGCCACAAAGUGAAGCCAUGAAGCUGACCGCGGCAGAUCCACGACAGGGCAAACCCUGCCAGGGGUCUGCACCUGAAGGUCCGGGUGUCGGUGGGUUGCCUAAGCCAUCGCGACCAGGCGCCGCCACCCGGAACUCGCGUGAAGGCCUAGGCCGGGCUGAGCGGAAAAGAAUGAGUGACGGACCAGCCACCUGAGCCCCGUGCCACUUCCGGCGCCGGCCCACAACCUCCGUCCUGAAACCUGCUGUCGCGGCGGCCUUAGUGGGAACGGGGCGGACCCGGCGCGGCGCAAGUCGGCGUCAGCGGCGGCCUCUAGUUCCAGACCGAGGGGCCUAGGCGCUGGACGACCCUGAAUCACAAGCCCCGCACCCAUGGAGCACGACGACCCCGGCGAAGCGUUGGCCGAGCUGCGCGAGCGGCGGCUGGGCGCGCUGGAACUCCUGCAGGCGGCCGCAGGCUCGGGGCUGGCCGUCUACGCCGUGUGGGCGCUCCUGCUGCAGCCCGGCUUCCGCCGCGUGCCCCUGCGGCUUCAGGUGCCCUACAUAGGCGCGAAUGCACGGCAGGUUGAACAUGUGUUAUCUCUGCUACGAGGUCGCCCUGGAAAAAUGGUGGAUCUGGGCUCUGGCGACGGCAGGAUCGUGUUAGCAGCCCAUCAGUGUGGCCUCCGCCCCGCUGUGGGCUAUGAGCUGAACCCGUGGCUCGUGGGGCUUGCACGACUGCACGCCUGGAGGGCUGGCUAUGCGAGGAGCGUCUGCUAUUACCGGGAAGAUCUCUGGAAGGUGAGCCUCAAGGACUGCUAUAAUGUGUCUGUGUUCCUGGCACCCAGCGUGCUCCCACUGCUAGAGGACAAGCUUCGCGCAGAGCUGCCUUCGGGUGCACGUGUGGUAUCUGGACGCUUUCCCCUUCCCACCUGGCAGCCUGUGGCAGUGGUGGGCGAGGGCCUGGACCGAGUCUGGGCCUAUGAUGUUUAAUCCUGGGGGUGCCCAUCAAGGCCACUCCAGGACCCAGUUCUACCACUGUCCCUAGGACCCUUGUUUCACAGCCUGGCUGACUGGACACAAUAAAGACUGUGACUCUGA